AUGAAAUCCCUCGCUGGCGUGGUACUUCUUGCCAGCAGCGCCCUGGCUUGGCUUCCUCAGGAUCAAGACCUCGCUGCAUUUAACGUCUCUCGCUAUGAGACACUUGAAAAGCGCUUUAAACCGGCCUUGCCCAAUGGCGUGAACAAGAUUCGUGGUGUCAAUUUUGGAGGAUGGCUCAUCUGCGAGCCUUGGAUGAUGAGCAACGAGUGGAAUAAUGUCAUGGGCUGCAACGGCGCUGCGAGUGAGUUUGAUUGCAUGAGAAACCAGUACUCUGGAAGCAAUCGUGAGAAUGGCAACACCAAAUUUGCAAACCAUUGGAGAGAUUGGAUCAAUCCGGCCACAGUCCAGUCCGUUCACGACGUCGGUCUCAAUACCAUCCGUAUCCCGAUCGGCUACUGGUCCUAUGUCGACAUCGUGGAUAAAGCUAGCGAGCCUUUUGCCGACGGCAGUCGCAUGUUACCAUACCUCGACGCAGUCGUCGGAAAGGCCGCCGACCUGGGCCUUUAUGUCAUUAUUGACUUUCACGGCGCCCCUGGCGGCCAGCAGCAGGAUGCCUUCACCGGCCAACUGAACGUCCCCGCCGGUUUCUAUAAUUCCUACAAUUUCGGUCGCGCUGAGAAGUGGCUCUCCUGGAUGACGAAUCGCAUUCACACCAACAACGCCUAUCGGUCCGUCGGCAUGAUCGAGGUCCUCAACGAGCCUGUCUCCCGCCACGACGCUGGCGGUCGGUACCCGGCUCCAGGCGAGGACCCUGGCCUGGUGCAAGACUACUAUCCCAACGCCCUCAAGGCCGUGCGAGAUGCCGAGGCGUCUCUGGGCGUGGCUAGUGACAAGAAGUUGCACGUCCAGUUCAUGUCAAGCAAGUGGGAUUCUGGCGAUGCGCGUAGCAACGCACAAGUGAAGAAUGACCCUAUGACUGCAUACGAUGACCACAACUAUAUUGGUUUUGCUUUGAGCGGGACGAGUGACCAGGGGGCCCUUAUGAAUAGUGCGUGCUCCGAUAGCCGUGUUGUAAGUGGUCAAGACUUUACAAUUACCGGCGAAUGGAGCAUGACUUCUGGCGCCGACUGGCAUGAUGCUAGCUUCUUCAAGAAGUGGUUUACUGCUCAACAACAGCUGUAUGAAAAGCCUGGAAUGGCCGGGUGGGUGUACUGGACUUGGAAGACGGAGUUGAAUGAUCCUCGCUGGACGUAUUCUUAUGCUACUUCUCUCGGAUAUGUCCCGACUACUGCAGCUGGACUGGAAAGUAAUGUAUACCAACAGGUCUGUUAG